UCAGCUUCAGGAUGGUUAAAUAACACCUUAGGACUUGCCUGGCUUCAACAGGUGUUUGAACGCUAUACUGCAGCCAAAGCUCACCAGCAAUGGCGCCUUCUGAUACUUGACGGCCACGCCAGCCACCUCACGCCAGAUUUUUUGGAGUAUUGUGAAGCCAAACGCAUCAUGGUUAUAGUGUAUCCUCCCCAUUCAACCCACAGCUUGCAGCCGUUAGAUGUUGUGCUCUUUGCGCCGCUUUCAAAGCACUACACUGAGGAGCUUACCCAACGCCUCCAGCGAACCCAAGGCCUCUCAAGGAUCACCAAACGCGACUUCUAUAGCAACUUUUGGCCGGCUUGGAGCUCUACAAUAACUCACGAUCUUAUAUUGAAGAGUUUCCAAGCUACAGGCGUAUGGCCGAUGGACGCAGACCCAGUACUUCAACGCUUCAACAAUGGCCCACAACAACAAGAUGACGAGCCAGGAAUUGGGGAGCAAGGCGACGGCGAUACCUGGCCUCAAUUGCGCAAAAUUUUUGAUGCUGCAGUGGCUGACAAGGCCAAAUUUGAAGCCAAACGGCUGUCCUAA